GGGAGGAGAAAGAGAAGAGUUGGCUGUGGCCAUGUCUGAAUCCUCUGGACAAGGUCUGGGAGAAGCACGGAGACUCCAAGAUCCCAGAGAGAUCAACAGGGAGGCCUAUGGGUACUCUCCUAUGAUCCCAGCACUCCGGAGAAUUCGUGAGGAGGACAGAAACGAGUGGAUGUUGUCACACUGGAAUAUUUCCUGGCCAAGGAAUGUGAGAAGCCCCAGGCAGCGUAGGCUCCAGGCAAAAGGUGAUGCUUUCAAUACUGCUGGCACUGCUCAGGGCAUGCCGGGCAUCCGGCCCACGACAUCACGGGCUGCCGGCCGGUUUCCUGACUCUGGUGACUCCCGAGUGUGGUCUCCUAGACUGUCAGUUGUGCAGGAAGAGUCCAGUGAUGACAGCGACAGUGCUGCCAGCACUGCUGAGGGCAUGCAGGAUGCCAGAGACACUGCAGUGACAGAUAAGGGCACGCACCCGCCCUCCUGUCUUUGCCCUUCAACACUGGAGGCUGUGGAGGAUGACUGGGAGUGUGACUCUGAGGAAGAUGCUGCAUCAGAGGCAGUCAGCGUCACACCCAGCACAUCUGAUGAUUCAUCUGCUGAGGUGGAGUCCACGUCUUCAGCAUCAUCUGUGACUGCAGAUCCCAGGCCUGAGGAGCAUGUGUCAGCAUGUGAGGGAGCAGAUGUGGGCCCUCAGCACGAGGUUUCUGCAGAGGCCAGAGAACAUGCACAGAACUCCGUGUGCUUCAGAGAUGCACCAGAGGAUGGCCCAGGUACUACUGCCUCACCACACGCAGCGGCUCGCCGCCGGAUGCCAGCUGUCUUCAGGAUGGCGCUUCGGGCUCUGUGCAGGGUUUUCACCUGCAGCUGCAUCAGGGGACAGCGAGAGGAGAGGCAUGAGGCUGCAAACACCAGGCAGCUCCCCAGAGAUCAUGGAAUUGUAGAAUCAUAGAAUGGCCUGGGUUGAAAAGGACCAUAAUGAUCGUGUAGUUUCAACCCGCCUCCUAUGUGCAGGGUCACCAACCACCAGACCAGGCUGUCCAGAGCCACAUCCAGCCUGACCUUGAGAUGACUGAUUCCAUGCUGUGGAUAGGAAAUUCUGAUUAAAUUGUCUUAACUCU